GUCUUUUUUUUAUUAGGGCAUGGCUAUGACGGAGGAGGAGGAGCAGCGCAGCCGGAGGAGUCUCUUCAGCAGCGCCGAGAAGCAAUCUCAAUCGCAGUCCGAGUCCUUGUUGGGGAAGCGGCCCGCGCCGAUCUCUUCUCCGGCGCCGUGCUCCAAGCGCCAGCAAAAAUCUCCCGUUCCCUAUCGCUGCAGAGAUCUUCCGCGACGACCCAGCGACGCUCCCCGGGCAACGAAUGCCAAGCGCCCCGCCGCCACCACUUCCACCACUUCGAGAAAGCUCACGGAUAUCUAUGGCGAUCCGGCUUCCAUUUUCACUUCUUCUAUCUCUUCGCCUUCUUCCUCCGCUGCCGUGCUUUCACAGGAAACAAGAGAAGAUCACGAGGAGGAGGAUCUCGAUGCUGUGGCUGCGUCGCUGGAGGAAUUCGUGAGGGAGAGGAGGGUAGAGCUGCGUGGCGAAGAAGAACAAGGGGGGGAGCUAGUGCUGCUACAUCACGAAGAGCGACUAGAGUUUCACGAAGAACACCACGAACAAGGUGAAGAACCGGGCUCUCCGCGAACUCCACCGGCGAGCUCCUCCACUCCCGCCGCUCCAGUCACUCCCAUGGCGCCGCUAAAGCGCGGGAGAGCUAUGGUGGCAAGACCACGUCCCCCUCCCAGCGCCGUCCACAGAAGGCUAAACUUUGACCAUUGAUUAUACGUCGAAAAAUCUAAGAGUCAUUAUAAUCGAUGUUUGUGAGCAUUAGUCCUCUGUGAAUAUCAAUCUAACAUCUUUCUUUC